AUGGACCUCGAGUACCGGGGUAUUCUGGCACAAAAUGGAUUCCCUCCGCAUGCGAACCUGAUCACGCCCCCCGCCACCUCCACCGACUCUCGGAACAACCCUAGACUUCCGCGCCCACUGGCAGGCUUCGACUUCUCAGCCAGGUCCUCGGAGCCCGGAGACAUGGAGAAGGCCCCGCCUGUUACGGGGAAACGGCGGGGAGGGUGUCGUAAGGCCUGUAACGAGUGCCGCCAACAGAAGCUGCGAUGUGAUAUAGUCCAGACACCCGCGGACGCCUGCUCGCGUUGUCUGCGGCUCCAUAUAGAAUGCAAGGUUGAGCCCUCCUUCAAGCGCAUCUCGAAGAGAAAACGAAAUGCUGAGAUGGAGCGUGAGAUUGCGGAUCUCCGUCAGCGGCUUUCUAGCGAUGGCGGUCAUGUCCACACUGCUGAAGCUAGGGUCAUUGACAAGGUAUCCCAAUCACCUGAGGACAUAUACUAUGGCCCUGAGCCUGCCAGCGUGAGUCGAGGGCGGACCUUGUCCGCUAAGCUGGAACCGCAGACAUUAGCCACCCCCUUAACUAUGCACAGCGACGGGUCCAUGCUAUCUCAAGACGACGCUGCUUGGAGGCUGGAAGAUGUCUCCCUAUCUAGGCAAAGGAUCACCAGACUAUUUGACCAGUAUGUUGUCCCCGCUCAAUGA